CGAGAAAUAGUAUUGAAUACUAAUAAAAAUUAAGAUAUUCGCGCAAUAAUUUUUAUGGUUUCCGUAUUGCCGUCUUUGAACUUGAUAACCCAGCAUAAAUAAUGUUAUUGUUUUGAAUGAUAUAAUCUGUGCGAGCUGUAGCUGUUCUAAUGUAUUAGGGCCAAGUGGUCAUAAUUUGUGUGAAGUGAUGAAUUUAAUAUUCGUUCUGCUAAGUACUGUGGUUGUAAAUAUCUGUGGUGAAAAUUUAUUAUUUGAUGAUCGUGAUGUUGAAAUAGAUAAAAUUUUUGAUGAUUUACUUAACGGUGAUUACGAUACGAAUAUUGAAUAUGAUGAAAAAUAUCAAAUUAAAAAUGAAGUUCAAGAGGAACAGCCCCAAUUAUCAAAUGGCGUAUGGGAAUGCGGCAAUUGUACAGAUAUAGACGAAUCUAAGCUGUUAUUCAGCGACAAUUUAGACUUGGACACGAAUUAUAGUGAAAAUUUUGGAUUAGAAUUACAGAUUGGAUUUUCUGUUAACGAUAUGCGUUGUAUUACGAUAGAAACGGAAGAAAAUACUGUACGUCGAGUAUCAGGCGCAUGCGCGGGCGAUGAAGUUACUUUGAGUGUUACCCAAAGAAGUCAUUUCGAAGUGAAGAUUUAUAAAUAAUUUCUGAAUGACUCGCGUAGAGAAGGCUACUUAGUCUUGCGAUAUAAAUACAAAGAUAAUUUAUAUUGAACAAAUUAUCAAAUCAGAGAUUCAUUGAAACAAUACGAAUAUUAAAUAAAUGAUACAUACGAUAAUAAACAAUAAGGAAAUCGAGAAAAGACAAACCUUUAAA